UUUCAGAAUCAUGUGAUCAGCUGUGAAACUUGUACAUGUAAAAACUGUGUUUAAGCAUAUCUAAAGAAGGACAAAAUGGGGAAGUGGAAUCAGUUAACAUUGCUACUGUGGAAGAACUACUUAAUACAGAAACGGAAGAUCUUUUUGACCAUUUUUGAAAUCGGUUUACCAACAUUUUUUGGACUCAUUCUCUUACUGAUAAGAUUCAGAGUAAAGACAGAAGCAAUUUUACAUGGAGUUAAUUGGACUGAUUGUUCAGAAUUUAAGGUUUUACCAUUCACACCUAAAAUUCCAAGACAGCUGGCAUACACACCAAUGAAUAAUGUAACCAAUCAAAUUAUGAACAGAACAAAGAAUAUGUUGUCACUUUCAGAUGUUCAAGGUUUUAACACAGAAGAAGAAAUGGUGGACUUCUUAAUUUUUGCUAAUUCUACAGUGAACAACACAAAAACAUAUUUAGGUGGAGUUGUCUUUCAAACUAACCUAUUGGAUACAAAACACAUUCAAUAUUCCAUCAGGCUUAGUUCUUAUCCUAGAAAUACGAAAAAUAAAAAUCAGAAAUUGAACCCAAUAAAAGAUGAUACUAACUGGUUUACACAGUAUAUGUUUCCAUUGUAUCAACGAAUUGGACCAAGGAGCAACAUAAAUUGUGGAGGGGAUCCAGGAUAUGUCAGAGAAGGAUUUACAGCAUUACAAACUGCCAUCAGCCAGUCAGUUAUAUCCAUCAUAGCAAAUGAAACUGGUUCCCAGACCAGAUUAAAGCAGAUAGAGCUUAGUCUGCACAGACAUCCCUAUCCACCAUACAAUGAUGACAAAUAUGUCCUGGUCAUUCAGCAACAGUUUCCUUUAAUUCUCAUCUUAAGUUUUGUACUGGUAGCCCUAAAUAUUGUCAAGGAUAUUGUACAUGAAAAGGAAAGGAAGCUGAAGGAAUCAAUGAAAAUGAUGGGAUUGAGUAACUGGUUACACUGGAUGGCCUGGUUUAUCAAGUAUACAGUAUUCCUUUUUAUCACAGUCCUCAUCAUGACCAUCUUAUUAGCUGUAAAGACUGAUAAAGGAGCAGUUAUUAAUAAAACUAAUCCAGUUAUUAUUUUUAUAUUUUUGAUGCUGUAUGCAAUCUCUACAAUAUCUUUCUGUUGUACUGUUAGUGUGUUUUUCUCAAAAGCUAAUUCUGGAGCUGCUGCAGGAGGAAUACUCUUUUUCCUGACCUACAUUCCAUACCUGUUUCUACAACCUCGUUAUGCUGAUCUCUCUUUGACAACCAAACUAACUUCUAGCCUGAUAUCAAACGUUGCAAUGUCUUAUGGUGGACAGGUUAUUGGAAUGUUUGAAGGAACAGGAGCUGGAGUUCAGUGGAAUACCUUGACUCAAGGUGCCUCUGUAGAUGACAAUUUCUCCCUUGCCUAUAUAAUGAUGAUGAUGGUUGUUGAUACUAUACUGUACGUUAUUAUUACAUGGUACAUUGAGGCAGUAUUCCCAGGAGAGUAUGGUGUCCCGUUACCAUGGUAUUUCCCUUUAACUAGUUCUUAUUGGUUUGGCACUGUAGCUAGUGAUGAAAUGGAAGGAGAUGAAAACUAUUUAAAUACACACUCUUCUGAAUAUUUUGAACAAGAUCCUACAAGACUCAGACCUGGAAUUCAAAUAAGAAACUUGAAAAAGGUUUUCAAGACUAAUGGAACAAUGAAAACAGCUGUAGAUGGAAUGACAUUGAACAUAUAUGAAGGCCAGAUAACUGCUCUCUUAGGCCAUAAUGGUGCUGGGAAAACUACAACAAUAUCUAUGUUAACAGGUUUUUUCCCUCCUUCAAGUGGUACAGCUAAAGUAAAUGGCUAUGACAUCAGGAAAGACAUUACCAGUGUACGCAGUAGUCUUGGUCUCUGUCCACAGCAUGACAUAUUGUUUGAUUCACUCACAGUAGAGGAACACCUUAUAUUUUUUGCUUGUUUAAAAGGUUGUCCUAAAGACAAAGUAAAGGAUGAAGUUGAUUCCAUGAUAUCACAGAUAAAUCUGAAAAACAAACGUUCAGCAGCCAGUAAAACAUUAUCUGGUGGUAUGAAGAGAAAGUUAUCUGUUGGAAUAGCCCUGAUUGCAGGAUCAAAGAUUGUAAUUUUGGAUGAGCCCUCGUCUGGAUUGGAUCCUGAUGCCAGACGGCAGAUCUGGACCGUUUUACAGCAAAACAAGGAAGGAAGGACAAUGAUUCUUACCACUCAUUUUAUGGAUGAAGCUGAUCUCCUAGGUGACAGAAUUGCUAUUAUGGCUGACGGAGACGUUAAAUGUUAUGGAACUUCACUUUUCCUGAAAAAUAAAUAUGGAGCUGGAUACCACAUGGUCAUUGUUAAGGAUGUCACAUGUGAUGUCAACAGGAUGACAGAGGUCAUCAAGAGUUAUGUCCCUUCUGCUGAAAUGGAGAACAAUGUUGGUGCUGAGCUGUCAUACAUUCUUCCCCAUGAGUGUUCCCACAAGUUUGAAGAAAUGUUCACUGAUAUUGAGGAGAAUAAAAUAGCCUAUGGUAUUGCUAGCUAUGGAGCAUCAGUCACAACCAUGGAAGAGGUUUUCCUGAGGGUUGGAGAAAACAGAAGCAUAGAACUACCCCAACACAAUGGAGCAGUUGGAAUUAAAAACAAUGUUAGAAUGGAUUUAUCUGUCAACGCAACAGGUAGAGAUAAACCUCGUUUCAUAUCAGAGGUUACUGGUGGCAUGAAGAAAAAUAAAGGAACAGCAUUAUUUUUGCAACAGUUUUAUGCUAUGUUCAUCAAAAGAGCUAAACAUACAAUGAGAAACAAAAUUGUCACUAUUACACAACUGGCCAUUCCAUUGUUUUUUACAAUUAUGGCACUAACUGUUGUCCGUACAUUUCCAGGGCCAGGAGAUUCUCCACCAUUGAAACUAAAUGUUUCUGCUUAUGGUAGAAAUACAAUUGUUUAUAAUGAAAGAGGAGGUGGACAAGGCUUAAACUUGAUGGGACAUUUCUUUGAAAUGCAGUUUAAAAAAUCUCCUGAUAAUGUUGUGAAUGUAAAGAGAGACAGUCAGUUUAACAAUAUUGAUGAUUACCUUUUCCAACAGGGAAUUGAUGGUCUAGGAUACUAUAAUCUUCAUUACAUUGUUGGGGCCAAAUUUGUGAAUUUGACAAACAAAAUCAAAGCUACAGCAUACUUCAAUGACCAAUCAUUUCACUCAUCAGCCAUCUCCUUGGCAACCAUGUUCAACUCUGUUAUUAAAUUUGUUAUGAAUGGUACUGGUUAUUCAUUAUCAACAGUAAACUCACCGUUGCCAAGGACACAGACACAAAAGAUUCGAGAUGAAACAAAAGGCAGUACAACUGGUUUCACAAUAUCUUUUAAUUUUGUAUUUGGAAUUUCUUUCCUAUCCAGCAGUUUUGUAUUGUUCCUCAUCAAAGAGCGGGCAACCAAGGCAAAACACAUUCAGUUUGUUAGCGGAGUAAGCCCAAUCAAUUUCUGGCUUUCAACUUUUUGUUGGGAUAUGAUAAAUUACAUUAUUCCUUGUAUCUUUCUGAUUAUUACAUUUGUGGCUUUUGAUAUAACAGCAUACCUAGAUCCUGUUAGCCAUGUUGGACAUAUGGCCCUGCUGUUGAUACUGUAUGGAUGGGCUAUGUUACCAUUUAUGUAUCUGUUGUCAUUUAUAUUUACUGUUCCUUCUACAGGAUUUGUAUGGCUGACAAUGUUUAACAUAUUAUCAGGUGAUGCAACAAUCCUUGCUGUAGGUAUAUUGGGUAUACCACAGUUGGAUAUGGAAGAUCUUGCCAAAGCAUUGGAGUGGGUCUUCUUGACAUUCUUACCAAAUUUCUGCCUUGGACAGGGAUUAAUGGACUAUUAUAUGAACUAUGAAUACUUGGAAGUGUGUAACCCUGUAUUAGCACUUUGUAAAAUUUACCCAAACCCUUGUUGUAAAGAUGUAAAUAUAGGAGAUGAUAAAUGUGGACCUGAAGGAUGUUUUCCUUUGAGUAGUAAUUAUUUAGGAUGGGAAAAGAAUGGUAUUGGUAGAAUGUUGGUUUUCUUGGCCGUACAAGGAAUUGCAUACUUCAGUCUCCUUUUAUUUCUUGAAUCCAGAUACUUGAACAGAUUUCAGUAUGCAGUUGGACAAAGAAAAGAAAGAACUUACUCACAGUAUUCCGAUGAAGUUAUCAAUGAGCACACACCACUGUUAGGACCAAACCGUAAUGUAUCCAUAGUUCAAGAAGAUACAGAUGUUGCCACAGAGAGAGCUAGACUUGCAAAUGCAUCCUUGAGUGAACUGUUUAAUACAGACUCCCUCAUUAUGAAAGAAUUGACUAAAUAUUAUGAUAACAAUCUUGCUGUUGAUCAUACAGCUGUUGGGAUUCCAGAGGGAGAGUGUUUUGGUUUACUUGGUGUAAAUGGUGCCGGUAAAACUACAACAUUUAAAAUUUUGACAGGGGAUGAAGUAAUGUCAUCUGGCAAUGCUUAUUUGGAUGGCAUAAGUGUGACAGAAAAUAUUACAGAGGUGAGACAGCGACUGGGUUACUGUCCACAGUAUGAUGCCUUGAUUGACCAGAUGACAGGGCGUGAGACACUGUACAUGUUUGCCAGAUUACGUGGGGUUCAUGAGACUGUUAUACCAGAGGUUGUUGAUGGACUGAUAACAUCACUUCUGUUACAGAAACAUGCAGAUAAAUUAGUUAAAGCAUAUAGUGGUGGUAACAAAAGGAAAUUGAGCACUGCCAUAGCAUUAGUUGGCAAUCCUCCAAUAGUAUUUCUGGAUGAGCCCACCACAGGAAUGGAUCCAGUAGCCAGGCGAUAUCUAUGGGAUGUUUUAUCCAAUAUACGUGAUUCUGGAAGAACACUUGUCUUAACAUCACAUAGUAUGGAGGAAUGUGAAGCUUUGUGUACUAGACUGGCUAUCAUGGUCAACGGACAGUUUAAAUGUUUAGGUAGUCCACAACAUCUAAAAAACAAGUUUGGUGAAGGGUAUUCACUACUAGCUAGAAUCGGAACAUCACCAGAUGGCACUGAACCAGAUAUUCAACCAUUAAUGAGAUUCAUCAAAGACAAAUUUCCUGACAGUGAAAUUAAAGAUAUACAUCAAGAAAUGAUUCAUUAUCAUGUUAAAGACACAAAAUUGACCUGGGCCAAGAUAUUCGGAUUAAUGGAACAAGCAAAGAUUGAAUACAAUAUAGAAGACUAUUCAGUUAGUCAAACAACGUUAGAACAGGUUUUCAUUAAUUUUGCAAGGUCACAAAUUCCACCGAUAGAAACAAAAGUAGGAUGUUUCCAAAAGUGUUCUAUUGUGUGUGGUUUAUGUUGUUUUAACAAUUCUUAAAUUGUUUAUUAUUUUUAAUGCUGACUGUGAUACAUUGUAUAAUAUAAACUAUAUAUGUCUGAAGAGUAUGAAAAACAUUAUAGAACUUAUAUUCAUGCAUGGAUUUUAUUGGAUCAAGCUGAAUACAUAAUUUUAAAGUUAAGAACCUAAGAUUGAGUUUUUGCUAUUCUAAAAAUUGAUUUUAUAAAGGAUUAAGGUUUUAACAAAUUAACUAUAUAUAUUUAUUUAUGAAUUUGACUAAAUGUUUAUAAUAUACAUAAAUUUAAAUGUGGACAGUUUUAGUUUUUCUAGUCUGAUUUAAAGGGACACUAGCUACGAGAUAUAUAAAAAAAUCUAAAGUUUGAUUUUUUUUUGUUCAAUCAUUAAUGAAAGUGAAAUAGUGAAAUAACAAUUCGCUUUUUGCAGCCAAAAAAACAUUGAUAAUUAGGUUUUCACUUGCAAUUGAAUGAGUCGAUCGACCUCUUUAAAUUCGUAUUCAUGUGAACUUCAAUUUAACCCCUUGCUAGAGAUUGACAACGCAUGCAUUGUACAUGUACUGGUUAUUUUUAAAAAGAAAAAGAAUGUCAACAAUGAAAGUGAAACUACGGUAAAUCAUUUGAUUACUAAUUUGAUGCACAUAAAAUCAUUCUUAUACGGUAAAAAGCAUUGAGAAACAUCUAUUUUUAAUCUUUAAAAUAAAAUCAAACAGACCUAUAACCAGAUGCUCCGCAGGGUGCAGCUUUAUACGACCAUAGAGGCCGAACCCUGAACGGUUGGGGCUAGUAUGGACACAACAUUCAAACUGGAUACAGCUCUGAAUUUGGAUUGUGAUUAAAUAGUUGACACAGCAUAGGUUUCUGACACAGAAUGAAUGUGGUCUAAUGAACUUAAAAUGUUUUCUUUUGAUUUUGAGCAAUUCAGUAUGCUGUUGAAUAUUAAUCCUUUGAUAUUUGAAAAAAAAAUCUUUUUCAUUUCUGAAAUCUGAAACACCUCCCCCUUUCCCUUUUUUCAAAAAAGAUCUCAAUUCAAUUUUUUUAUGGAGUUUUCAACAAUAACUACUCAUUUAAAUACAUCAUAAAAUAUAAAAUGUCAUACAAACAUGAUUUAAAUUAAUUGAACUACUUUUCUGGACAAAGAAAGAUAACUCCAAUGCAACAUUUUAUAUUGGCAAAUUUCCAAGGAAGUUCAUUAACAUAAAGUGUUUGGCAAAUUUCCAAUGGAAUUUAUAAAUAAUAAAAAGUUUUUUGCAAAUUUCCAAAAUACAUAAUUUAAGAGCAGUUUAGGUGAGAUAUUAAAAUGAGUUUCCAUUACUAACCUUACACUGCUUUUAAAUUAUGUUUUGUACUUAAGUAAUAAUUGUCCAUUAACCUGGAAAUUCUUUUCCUCCCUUUUUUGCACCUUAUUCCUUAAUAGUUUGAGCCAUAACUCCCAAAGACAAUUCUUACCAUCCCUUUGUGGUAUUCCAAUAUCCAAAAUCUAAAUACAUGGUUAGAUUUAUCAUUUCAAAGAACCCCAAGAAUUCAAUUUUUGAUGAAUUCAAAUUAAGUUAAAUUUUGGACCCUUUAAACCUCAACUUGAACCAAUUUGAUAACCGGUCCUAAAUAUUAAAAAUCUAAAUGCAUGGUUAGAUUCUGCAUAAUGAAGAACCUCCAUAUAUUGAAUUUUUUAUGGAAAUCAAACAAAGUUUAAUUUUGGACCUUGAUUUGGACCAACUUGAAAACUAGGCCCAUAAUCAAAAAUCUAAGUACAUGUUUAGAUUCAGCACAUCAAAGAACCUCAAGAAUUCAAUUUUUGUUAAAAUCAAACUAAGUUGGACCCUUUGGACCUUAAUGUAGACAAAUUUGAAAACGGGACCAAAAAUUAAGAAUCUAAAUACACAGUUAAAUUGGGCAUAUCAAAGAACCCUAAUUAUUUAAUUUUUGAUGAAAUCAAACAAAGUUGAAUUUUGGCCCCUUUUGACCCCUAAUUCCUUGGGACCGAAACUCCCGAUAUCAUUUCCAACCUUCCUUUCAUGGUCAUAAACCUUGUGUUAAAAUUUCAUAGAUUUCUAUUUACUUAUACUAAUGUUAUGGUGCGAAAACCAAGAAAAAUGCUUAUGUUGGCCCUUUUUUGGCCCCUAAUUCCUAAACUGUUGGGACCUCAACUCCCAAAACCAAUCCCAACCUUCUUUUGUGGUCAUAGACCUUAUGUUAAAAUUUCAUUGAUUUCUAUUUACUUAUACUAAAGUUAUUGUGCGAAAACCAAGAAUAAUGCUUAUUUGGGUGCUUAUUUGGGCCCUAUUUUGGCCCUUUAUUCCUAAACUGUAAAAAACAAAACUUCCAAAAUCAAUCCCAACCUUCCUGUUGUAGCCAUAAGCCUUGUGUCAAAAUUUCAUAGUUUUCUAUUGCUUUAAACUAAAGUAAUUGUGUGCGAAAACCAAGAAAAUGCUUAUUUGGGCCCUUUUUGGCCCCUAAUUCCUAAACUGUUUGGACCAAAACUUCCAAAAUCAACCCCAACCUUCCUUUUGUGGUCAUAAACCUUGUGUUUAAAUUUCAUAGAUUUCUUUUGACAUUAACUAAAGUUAGAGUGUGAAAACUAUAAGUAUUCCGACGACACAGACGACGACGCCAACGUGAUACCAAUAUACGACCAAAAAAUUUUCAAUUUUUGCGGUCGUAUCAAAAUCCAAUUGCACGUGUUGGUCUCAUCUAUUCAUAUCUUUAUUUAUGUUUACAUAGCUUAUAUGGUCAUCUGAGGUCAAAUUGAUAGUUAAUUAGAUGGCAUCUGGAAUAAAAUACACACGAAACAAACCUAUAUUUUAUCUACCCCAUGCUCUGUAAACUGUUUAGCUUAGACUUUUGAUAGUGUGGAUAAAUGUUUUACAUUGUUAUAAAUCAAAUAUGAGAAUUUGAGUCAAAUUGGUGACCAUGAAUUUGACACCUAGUGCCCCUUUAAACAACUUCUUGGCAAUGAAACUUGACUAAGUCUAUAAUUAGCAGAUUAUUAUCUCUGUUGAUUUAAAGUUAGUAUUUGGAUCAUUUAAAUAUUAUUGAACAUUCUUGUAUUUUAACUCAAUUAAAAGGAUGUUAUUUAUUUGAAUACAGGGAAUACUUUGUUCAUAUAGGACUGUUCUAUUUUGAAGUGUGGUACCUAAAUUUGUUUAAUACUCAUACUUUUAUUAUUGUGUUCCUAUGGUACCAUAACAGUUUUAGUGGAACAGUCCUGCAGUUUCAGCAUUAUUUUGUUAUAUUUUGUACUGGACAUGUAUGUGUUUUUUGUAUUUUUUGCUAUCUGUGAUAAAAUAAACAAUUCCAU